AUGCUCGAUGCUCGAUGCUCGAUGCUCGAUCGUGAGGUUCGCGCGGAUGCAUCGCAAGCCGAUCAGCAGCGCAGUGCCGAAGCGGGCAGGAUCGCCGUGGAUCGACGCAGCGGCCAGCUUGCAGCUCCGACCUGCUUGGCCCAACUCUACCUUGCCGCAAGGCUCUACCUUUGCCUCGGGCCCUGCCGAGACCAACACUCGCCCUCCAACCCGGAGACUGCACUCGAAGCUUUACGCGCCAAGCCGGCGCCGCACCAAGCAAUCCCAAGCAUGUCCGCAUCCACCGCCAAGCCAGCGGGCGUAUACGCCCACCUCCUGCCGCCUUCGUGGAAGGGCAAGAUCGCAGAGUGGCUGCAAGAGGACUGCCCCUCGUUCGACUGGGGCGGCUUUGUGGUUGGCGAGGACACCAAGCGCGCCACACUCUUCUGCAAGAGCGAGGGCUGCCUCGCAGGCGUACCGUUCUUCGACGAGGUGUUCCGCCAGCUCGACUGUACCGUCACCUGGCACUACAAUGAAGGCGACUGGCUUGGCUCGCCCGACGGCAGUGCGGUCAAGAUCGCAGUGGCCACUGUGACCGGCGCGUCGCGCAAGAUCCUGCUCGGCGAGCGCGUGGCGCUCAACACGCUCGCGCGGUGCUCCGGUAUCGCCACCGCCUCGGCACGUUUCUUGGCCAAGGCGAGGAACGCCGGCUAUACGGGCAUCGUCGCGGGCACGCGCAAGACGACACCCGGAUUCAGGGACGUGGAAAAGUACGGCAUGCUCGUCGGAGGCGUCGACAUGCACAGGUACGACCUCAGCAGCAUGGUCAUGCUCAAGGACAACCACAUCUGGUCUACUGGAUCUGUCACCAACGCCGUGCACGCCGCAAGGUCCGCGUGCGGCUUCUCGCUCAAGAUCGACGUCGAGGUGCAGAGCUACGCCGAGGCCGUCGAGGCCAUCACCGCGGGCGCCGACGUGGUCAUGCUCGACAACAUGGACGGCGACACGCUCAUCUCCAACGCCACGCGCCUCAAGGCAGAGUUUGCGGGGAAGCACAAGUUCCUCCUCGAAUCGUCCGGCGGCAUCGACAUCGACAAUGUCCAGCAGGGCGGACACGUCGACAAUGCUAUCGACAUUAUCUCUACCAGCUCCAUCCACCAGUCGACCAAACACGUCGACUUUUCGCUCAAGAUCGACCCCGAGCGCGCGCCCGUGCUGGCGCGCAUUGAUGCGCUCGUCGCCGACCUGCUCCACCAGCUUGCCGGCCAGCUAGACGCCGUGAACCCUGCGCCUCUGCGUCUCUCGACCACGCGCCUCGCCGAGCCAAGCGAGCACGAUGAUAGUCUUGCGCAGCGGAAGGUGCGGCCGGUGAUGUUCCCCACGCGCGCGUCCAGCGGCGUGCGCCGAUUCGCGCAGUACGUGCGGGUGCUCGAGGUGGUACAGGCGAAUCUGCUUGCCGGACGUACGAUGACCAAGCGGGACGUCUACUACUCAUGCAGCGAGGUGUUUGACACGCAGCGCGCGUCGGACUUGGUGGUGGAGCGACUAGCUCAGCUGCUAGGCUGCACGCGUGGGGCGCUGGGGAUCGUCGCCUCGACGCGCGGGCUCGUAUCUGGGUCGAUGCACCUGCGCUCUCCCGACGGUCGUGCUGUCCACUCUGUUCGUGGCGAGACACAGCGUAUACCCGCCGACAUGAGCGCCGCAUGGUCGGUGCACCCCACCUGCCCCGAGGAUUGCCGCGGCCAUGUGGUGCUGGUCGUCGAGAAGGCAUGCGUCUUCCAGCGCCUACUCGACCUCCAACUCGGUAGCGACUUGAUCGUAGUCACGGCGUGCGGAUACGCGGAUGCAGCCACGCUGGAGCUCGUGCGUCUGCUCGCCGCGGCUCCCUGCCCUGCCGGCGUGCGAGUGUGCGGGCUGUUCGACGGCGACCCGUACGGCGUGGAUAUCCACAUGCACUACUGCGCCGCCACGCCCAUCCAGUGGCUGGGCGUCGACGCAGACGAGUUUGACCUCGCGCCCCAGACGCACACCGCGCUGCGCGCCGACGAACGCACAAAGGCAAUGCGUCUCCUCCGCCAUCCCUCCCCCGUCCGGGAAACGCACAGACGCCGCUUGACAUCUACGCUGCUUGACGGAUACAAGGUGCAGAUCGACGCCGCAUACACCUGGACCGGCGGCCUAGGCGCGUAUCUCCAGCACAAGCUUCAGCUGUAG